GGCACGCACAGGCGCAUACCUUCAACGCAGCAGAAUAUCAUAUCUGCGUGCUGGAUUGCUCUUUCUCAUUUAAUAUCAAAACUGGUUUAAUUAGACAAAUUCGUUCGCUUUUCAUGCGUAACUAUUUCGUUUUACACAAUUCCCCCCUCUUCGGGUAUUCCAUGUCUUCUCCUAAAUAACAUUUUAGUUCUGGCAUGGCUCAUUGCAACUGACUCAUAUGAGUAACCUGAUUCAUUUGUACUACUGUGCGGAAGCAAAACUGCCUUUGGAAGGAUUGAAAAGUCUUGCAGUCAGUCUCAGGAUACACUUGCAAUUCGUUUCACAUUUCAGAAGAACAGGCUGGUAUUAGAUGUCCUCGAGCACCGCUAGCUAGAGGCAUACUGCAGCGCUUACCACCCCGUUACCGGACAGUCAGCUGAGCGGAUGCUUCUCGCAGUUUAGGACUUUCCAAUAUUACUCUCACUUGUUCUCGGAUUUGCACUUAACCGUAUGGUGGUCAUUUCGCUCCCCUGUAAAAUGGAUAUACUGUGGGUUUGUCUUUUUUGCGUCUUCACCGGUCCGGUUUUCGGGGACAAUGUGAGCAGCAAAGCCCGCAGCUGUUCGGAUGUCAGGCAGUUCUACAGCGGCAAGGGUUUUAGCCUGAGCGGAGUUCCUCAGAUGGAAAUAUCUGGCGAGCACCUGCGGAUCUGCCCCCAGGGGUACACCUGCUGCACCAGCGAGAUGGAGGACGAGCUGGCCUCCCUGGGCCGGAGGGAGGUGGAGGGGCUGGUGAAGGAGGCUGGUCGCUCCCUGCAGGGCUCCCUAGGCGGCCAGUACAAGAUCUUUGAAGGUCACUUUCUGGACUUGAUGAACCGCUCUGAGAACUCCCUACGAGAGUCCUUCCGGGUCACCUACGGCUCGCUCUACAGCCAGAACUCGGGGGUCUUCCACGACCUGUACGGCGACCUGCGUCGCUACUACCGCGGUUCCAGCGUCAACCUGGAGGAGGCGCUGAACGAGUUCUGGGCGCGGCUGCUGGAGAGGCUGUUCAAGGCCUCCAACCCGCAGUACACCAUGGGGGACGAGUACCUGGAGUGCGCCACCAAGCAGGCCGAGACCCUGCGGCCCUUCGGCGAGACGCCCCGCGACCUCAAGCUCAAGGUCACGCACGCCUUCGUCGCCGCCCGCUCCUUCGUGCAGGGCUUGGUGACCAGCGGGGAGGUGGUGCGCAAGGUGUCCCAGGUUCCCUUCAGCCCAGAGUGCAUGCGGGCCAUCAUGAAGCUGACGCACUGCCCCCACUGCCGCGGGAUGAGCUCCACCAAGCCCUGCACCAACUACUGCAGGAACGUGAUGAAGGGCUGCCUGGCCAACCAGGCCGACCUGGACACCGAGUGGAGGAACCUGGUCGACGCCAUGUUGCAGGUAGCCGAGCGCUUUAAAGGGCCUGCCAGCGUGGAUGUGGUCAUGGCAUUUCUUCCAUAUCGCAUUUCUGAAGCCAUUAUGACCAUGCAGGAGAACCUUGAGGUCUUUACAAGCAAGGUGUUCCAGGCUUGUGGGAAUCCCAGGAUGGCUGGGACUCACAGCUCAGGGACGGAAGAGGUCAGGAAGAGAGAGAAAUUUGCUGAGGACAAGAUCACCGCCGUCACCAGCAGCACCACCGGAGCCAGGCUGGAAAAGCUGGUGGUUAAUGUGACCGCUAAGCUGAAGGAGGUGCAGCAGUAUUGGGUUCAGCUGCCCGGUACCCUCUGCAGCGACCGCGUGGUGGCCGGACCGGCCAAUGAGGACAAGUGCUGGAACGGCAUGACGAGGGCCAGUUAUCUUCCUGAGCUUAUGGGCGAUGGUCUGGCCAGUCAGAUCAACAACCCUGAGGUGGAGAUCGACAUCACCAAGCCAGACAUGACCAUCCGCCAGCAGAUCAUGCAGCUCAAGAUCAUGACCAACCGCCUGAAGAACGCCUUCAAUGGCAAUGACGUCGACUUCCAGGACACCAGUGAUGAUGUCAGCGGGUCAGGAAGUGGAAUGUGCGCGGAGGAGUUGUGUCCCCGCGGGCCCCGUGUCAUCAUCCCCAACACAGACGGGCCCAAACUGUACGCCUAUCCUUCCGGAGACAAGGUGCACAGCACAGGCAGCCAGCUCCACCCCCGCGGUGCCCUUCUCCUGCUCUCAUUGGCCCUGCUGCUGUUAAGGCGGUAAUCGACAGGAGCCUGCACCAAUCGGGACGGUGUCUGGGA